UACGAGGGCGAGUACAACGCGGCGGGAGAGCGCGAGGGGCGCGGCGUCAUGCGAUUCGCCAACGGCAACGUCUACGACGGCGAGUGGAAGGCGGGUAAGCGGGAGGGGCGCGGCGUCAUGCGGUUCGCCGACGGCGAGGUGUACGACGGCGAGUGGAAGGCGGGUCUGCCGGAGGGGCGCGGCGUCUACCGGUAUGCCGACGACGACGUCUACGAGGGCGAGUUCAAGGCGGGUACGAGGGAGGGGCGCGGCGUCUACCGGCUCGCCAACGGCGACGUCUACGAGGGCGAGUUCAAGGCGGGUAAGCAGGAGGGGCGCGGCGUCAUGCGGUACGUCGACGGCGAUGUCUACGACGGCGAGUGGAAGGCGGGUGAGAGGGAGGGGCGCGGCGUCAUGCGGUUUGCCAGCGGCGCCGUCUACGAGGGCGAGUGG